AUGGCCUCAUAUCCUCCAGGAGUUCGCGUCGCCCAGGUAGUCGGCCUAACUGGCUCUGCCUGGUUAGCUGGAAACAUCGCGGCCCUAAGCGUAAAUGCCAUCCCCGCCCUCCUCAAAUCCCACCACGAAGACAACACGCCCCUAAACAUCAUCCUGCGCCAAUACCGCAACCUCUACGACAACGGGCACGCCCAGAACCCACCCAUCGCUGUCCUCACGGCCUCAGCGUUUGGAUAUCUCGCGUACGCAGUGCAUAACGGCGUCUCGGUGUCUGCGUUGACGACGCGCGAGAGCGCCAUCUUGUAUGUGGCGUCGGCGGUCCUGACGGUGGGCAUUGUGCCGUGGACGGUGGUGGCUAUGACGGGGACGAAUAAGGCGCUGUUGGCGAGGGCGGAUUCGGGGGCGGUGGUUGAGAAGGAGGAUGAGAAGAGGGAGGUUCUUGGAGGGUUGGAGAGGUGGGUUGUGUUGAAUGGAGUGAGGAGUUUGUUUCCGCUUGUUGGGGGCGUUGUGGGUGUUGUUGCGGGGAUGGGGUGGCCUGUUCUUGCGUAG